CGCCUCCGCCUCAACUCCAGGCCGGGAAGGGAAAGGAAGGGGAGGAGGAGGGAACGAGAGCGGCCUUCUCGCCCGCCUGAACCCUGCCCUCCGCCCCCUGCCUGCCCCGGGAAAGAGGCGGCGCCGCCGUCGUCCUCCCUCCGCCGGCCGAGGGAGAGGGAACGCGGGGAAGGAGGCGGAAGAGGCGGAGGCGGCGCUGCUGCCCUGGGAAGAAGGCCCGAGCCCCGCUGCCUCCAGUCUCCGCCCGCCGCCGAGGAGGAGGAGGAGGAGGAGGCCGCGCUCGCCUCAGAGGCUUCCCCCCUCGGUCCUGGAGAGGUUUACCUCAUUUUUGGCAGGCGGACUCCACAGCCUUCUCUGCCACUCGGGAGCUUCUCCUCUGCCAGGCUGACCCAGGGGAGAUGUGAGGGGGGAAGUUCCGCUUCGGUCGUGUUUUGAUUGGGAGGGCCUCCCUAAUUUGUCAGCCCGGAUUCCUUGGCACCCCUUCGCCUUCGGCCUUCUAGUCUUCCCAGGCAUCUCUAACCCCUUCUAGUCCCCCCUAGGCAUCUCUUGCCUUCUUUGGCAUCCCUAGUCUUCCUACACCCAGCUUCCCUAGGCACCCCAUAGCCUACCAAGGCAUCCCCAGCCUUCUACAGGUAACCUUCCUAGGCCUUUAACUUGCCAUCCCUAGCCUGUCACCCCAUAGCCUUCCUAGGCAUCUCCUAAUUUGCCAUCCCUAGCCAGGCUUGGCACCCUAUAGCCAUCCCAAGCAUCCCCAGUCUUCUACAUGUAGUCUUUCUUGGCAUCCCCUAACUUGUCAUCCCAACCCUGCCACCCCAUAACCUUCGUAGGCAUCCCCAGCCUACUACACGUAUCCUUCCUUGGCAUCCCCUAACUAGCUAUCCCUAGCCUGGCACCCCAUAGCCUUCGUAGGCAUCCCCAGCCUUCUACAGGUAGCCUUCCUAGGCCUCUAAUUUGCCAUCCCUAGCCUGAAACCCCAUAACCUUCCUAGGCAUCCCCUAAGUUGCCAUCCCUAGCCUGGCACCUCAUAACCAUCCUAGGCAUCCCCCAAUUUGCCAUCCCUAGCCUUCCUAGGCAUCCCCAGCCUUCUACACUUAGCCUUCCUUGGAAUCCCAUAACUUGCCAUCCCUACCCUGCCACUCUAUAGCCUUCCUAGGCAUCCCAUAACUUGCCAUCCCUAGCCUUGUACCCCAUCGCCUUCCUAAGCAUCCCCAGCCUUCUACACUUAGCCUUCCUUGGCAUCCCAUAACUUGGCAUCCCAAACUUUCUUAGGCAUCUCUAGCCCACAACCCUAGGCAUCCCUGGCCUGGCACCUUGAGCUUUCCUAAGCAUCCUAGCCUGGCCUCUUUUAUCCUUCCAUCCCCUGGCUUCCUAGGCAUCUCAUAGUUGUUACCUCUAGCCUUCCUAAGCAUCCCUAGUUGGUACCCUUAGCCUUCCUUGGCCUUCCUAGCCAUCCUAGGCAUCCCUAGUCUGGUAUCCCUAGGCUUCCUUGGCAUCCUUGUCUUCUUUGCAUUCCUAGACUCCAUUAUCAGCUCUAGCCUGGCGUCACAGGCCUGGUAUCCUUAUCCCCUUUCUGCAUUCUUAGUCUGGCAUCCCAGGCCUGGCAUCCCUAGCCUUCCUAGGUAUUCCUUGUCCUGGCAUCUUCUAUCAUUCCAAGGUAUCCCUAGGAAACAUCCCACCCUUCAUACGUAUUCCUUGGCUGGCAUCCCUAGAUUUCCUAGGCAUCCCUAUCCUUCUUACACAUCCCUCUCCUUGUAUCCCUAGACAUUUUAGCUUCCAAAAAAAGUCUGGGGAUGCGGGUGGGAAAGAAGGAUGGGAUGUACAGACCCAACCAAAGGGUUGGGGUUAAAAUAAAUUCCUUUAGUGGAGAUGUGGUAUAAAAUUUCCGGCAAGAAUGAAAAGCUGUGAAAAGUUUUUGUAGGAAAAAUCAAUCUAGGUUAAGAAGCGCCUGUAAGAAACACCUGCUGUAAGAAACACCCUGGUUGAGACCUUCACAUGUAUUUGUAUCGAGGAUUUGCCAGGCUUCGAUGAACCUGCCUACUCUUAGGUGUCCCUUUCCUAUUUUGUGAGCCCCAACAUCAAACGAUGUUGGCAGAACAGACCCAGAAGUGGUUCCCAACUCACGUGCAGGUCACUGUCCUUCAGGCCAAAGAUCUGAAGCCGAAGGGCAAAAGUGGCACCAAUGAUACCUAUACUAUUAUCCAGUUGGGAAAAGAAAAGUACUCCACCUCGGUGGCUGAGAAGACGCUGAAUCCUGUUUGGAAAGAAGAGGCCUCCUUUGAGCUGCCUGGAUUGCUGAUGGAAGGCAAUUCUGAGAAAUACAUCCUCUGCUUGAUUGUCAUGCACAGGUCUCUUGUCGGACUUGACAAAUUUCUGGGGCAAGUGGCAAUAAACUUGAAUGAAAUCUUUGAGGACAAGCUUAGAAGGAAAACAGAAUGGUUCCAUUUAGAAUCCAAACAAGGAAAAAGAACUAAAGAUAGAGGAGAGAUCAAAGUAAAUAUCCAGUUUAUGAGGAAUAAUAUGACAGCAAGUAUGUUCGACCUCUCAAUGAAGGACAAGACUAAAUCUCCUUUUGCCAAACUAAAGGACAAAAUGAAAGGUCGCAAGACUGAAGGGGCAUUUUUGGAUACGUCUUCUGCUAUCAUUCCAAGUACGCAUAUGCCAGAAUCUUGUACUGUAACUUCCCUCAGUGAAAUACAGUUAAAAUCUAAACCAAAAAAGCCUUUUCUUUUGGGACCUCAACGACUAUCUUCAGCUCAUUCAAUGUCUGAUUUAACCGGUCCUCAGGUGACUUCAGAAAAAAUUAAGUCAGGCUCAAUUGGCAACACAUACCUCUUCAGGCGUCAGCUGGAGUCAUUUGGUUCUGUGGAUGAGACUGGAAAUCUGAAAUCUCCACACAGACGGACAUUAAGCGCAGAUACAAGUAAAGUGAACCAGCUCGACAGCACAAUUGAUGAUAGUGACUCAGCCUUUGGAGCACAAAAUGACCCUUUUACAAAUGUGAGUGCUAUGCUGCCUCAAAAGUUUGCCACUUUGCCAAGGCAGAAGAAUCCAUUUGAAGAAACCCCUGUAUCAUGGGACCAAAACAUAGGGCUGUUUUCAAAACCUGUUGAAAUAAAAAAAGACAUUAAAAGAGAGAAAAAGGAGAAAGUUAGUCUUUUUGAAAGAGUGACUGGGAAAAAAGAUAGUAAGCGGUCGGAUAGGCUUAGCAACGGAGGAUCAGAUGGCUCCACUGAUUUGAAAUCACCCAGUGCUUUGGGAGAAAAUCUUCAGGACAGUUUCGAUUAUGAUUCAUCUAAUCCCUUCAUGACAACCUUCAAGCCAAUCAGUAUGCUGUCGUCUUCUAGUUUUAAUGUGAAACCUGCAAGCACUGAAAAUCUCCGGAAAUCAACGGAGGGAAAUCCUUUUGAUGCAACCUCAGGAUACCGUAAUCUUACAUAUGAAGAGAUCUUACAAGAAUUAGUGAAACAAAAAGAACAACUUAAGAAGAAGGACACUCAUAUUCGUGAACUUGAAGACUAUAUUGAUAAUCUUCUUGUACGAGUAAUGGAAGAAACUCCCAGUAUUCUCAGAGUGCCAUAUGAACCUUCUCGAAGAGCUGGCAAAUUUGCAAAAAACUAAAAUAAUGUUAGUAUUCUGUGUUGCUUCUUUACUUAGACAGACUCUUACUGCAAUGUUUUGAUAUCUUAAUUUCUAUUUUCCACUCUUUUAAUUCUGAAAUUUCCACUCCAAAUAUAAACUGGUAUCUGCCAAAACUGGCAAUCUGUACAUGAGCUGUAUAAAAGUUAAACGUGAGUUUCAAUUGCUUUAAAACACUCCUUUUAACUCAAACAUUUACCUGCCAAUGUGUUCCAUUUUUGCUUUAAUAUUGUAGUUAUUGUGUACACCACUAUAGAGCUACAAUCCUAUAUUCUUACUUGAAUAUUUAUUUUGUACUUCAGUCAGUCUCUUUGAUGUUAAGGCAUGCUGUCAAAGUGGAUGCGCACAAGCAGGAUGUGUUUUGCAGCUAUCAACAUGAAGGAAAAUGUGAUAAUGUAGGAUUUUAUAGUUGACAGUCUAGAACUAGGAAUCAUCAAUACAAACCUAUUAAACGUAAGUGUCAUAAAAUGUUUUUGCAUAAAGAUGUUGACAGUAUUGAUUCCGGAAUGGAGUGUCUUUGAAGAGUUAUGUUUAUGCUCUUUCAGAAAUGUGCGCUUUUGAAAUGGUAUCCCUUGUUACGGAUGUGAAAAGAGCUAGAUAUACAAGGAUACAGCAUACUACUUGUUUAAGCAUCGAAGUAUAAAAUGAAGUAAACAGAAGAAAGUAAUGAGUUAAUACCUCAUUUACUUAAAGUCUAUAUAAGUGAGGCAUAGACAAAGGCUGAUAGAGAAAUCUGAAGAAUUAGCAUUUCAGCAUAUUUCCUUGGCAUUUGCCAGUUUGCAUCAGGAAAUAUUUUGAAUGAUGUGCUUUUACCAAUCUAUGCCUGUUUUUCUUAAGAUUAAAGAGUUGGAGGAUUUGCAAUCCUAUAUGCUGUGUCAAAUUUAAAUAUUGCCAUUCAUUUGAGUGUUGCAGAUGUAAUUGAUUAUGCAUGCCUGUAACAAGGUAAUAUUUGUAUAUAGUGUUGUGCAUUGAUUUCAAAGUGGCAAAAUGCAAUGGAAAACACUGCCAUAAAGAAAAGAUUGUUUACUAUACUUAAUGAUCCAAAUGUUAUUCUAAUUUGCUUUAUGUAAGUAUUUAAGCAGCAUAUUUGGUGCAGCAAAACGCAAAGAAAACUUAAACAAGAUAGCUGGAGUGUUAGAAUGGGGCUUUUUACUUUAAAAUGGUGUUUUCAGAUGUUCAAAUGUGUUUCUCUUAUUUAAUGGGUAUCUUUUCAAACUUGGAUAUAUGAAACUUUUCUGAGAAAGAGCAACUGAACAUUGUUUCCUUUUUCUUCCAGUUAUAAAUGAUAUUAAAUAUUUUUUAUUUUUGCUUUUCUCAAUAUUCUAAGAGCAUUGUUCUUAAUUUAAACUCUUGUAAGUAUCACACAAUAGUAGGGGAGAACUGUUUCCAAAAAUAGUGAUGCAGGAGUGUUGUCUGUAUUCUUAAAGAUCUUCAGCCAUAAAUCGCAGGAUAAUAUGCCAUAAGGAAGAGAUUAAUUUUGCUUCAGUGGGUCUCCAUCAAUUUUCUCUGUAGUUUGGCAGACCCUAAUAUAUGAAUAAAUGUUAAUAAUUUAAACAUUUAUACUAUGUCUCAGAAUAUGAAGGAUUCCCCCCUCCACACACACACUUCAUAUCUACAUGCUUUCACUUUAUUCUUUCAUAUGUGAGUGCCAAAUGAUAUAGUCUCAUCUAUUCCUCAGACUAUAAUACUGGUUAGCUAACAGUCUAAGCUAUUCCUUGUGUUUCAAGGUUAACUUCUUGCAUUUGAAGUAGAUGUUUACCUUGAUUGUUUAUACAAAAAAAUUGUUUUUAAAAUGCAUUGCCUGUUUAAAACUUUCAGAUGUUUCACAGUACCACAGUUAAUGGCUUCCACACGUGAUACUGGAAACGGUUGGGCCAUUGAUGUUUAAUUUGAACAUCCAUUAUAUAUAAGUUCAACUUGCAUCUUCACUGAGUGUUCCUUGAGUACAACAGAAGAGUAUAAACCACAGAAUCCUCAGCUGAUAUUGUUAUGAACUUUUAGUAUAUACCAUCUUUUGAAUUAUGUUUUUAGAAUCUUAAUAAGAAAGAUCAGAAUGUUUUGCUGUAAAAUUUUUGACAUGUGCAACAAAAUUAAUAAGAACUUUAGAUGAGCUUUUGAUGAACCACUUUCACAUGCUUUCUAGUCCUAUGUUCUAUUUGAUCCAUUGGUAUAUUCAAGCACCCUUUUAUUUUCAGUAUUUAACUUAAAAGAAAGCAGUAUGUAUGUUGUAACUAAAAUAGGCAUAGUUCAUUUUUUACAAACAAAAUGCCCCAUAAAAAUGUAAAAGUGAAUGUUCUAAAUAAAUUCUCUUGUGUUCUCUGAGCAAUGACUUAAAAUACCUGUUGACAUACUCUCAAGUACACAACCACUGAAACUAUAGUUACAGCUGGGGCAGAAAUUAGGAAAUACUAUAAGACUAGAAUAGCAAGGCAUUUGGGUCUUUAGCUACUCAUUAGCGAGAUGACACCUCAGUAUUAGUACAGAUUCUGUGCUUGUCUUCAAACUUUGCACAAUAUUCCUUGUACAAUAAAAUAAUCUUUCAUUUCCAAGAAUAUUCCAUAUUUAGAUAGUGUAUAAAUAGUUUUUGCUACAUUAUUUUAUUUACAAAAUCAUAGGUGUACUCCUCAUUUCCUAGAGGGUCAAUACAAUGAAUGUAGAUUGUUCACACAUGUUUGUGUAUGCUUCUUGUUAAGAAAUUAGCAUGAAGGAUUUACCAGCAGUCGUUACUACUCUGUUUCAUUUGAAACAGUACCAGAAAAACAUAUAAAGGUCAUUUCUAGUGGAAACGUAUGUGGCCUGGAUUCUGUUGGUGAGUCUCAAAUUCAGUAGGUCUGAAUUGAAUAUUGAAUGGUAAGUCAAGAUGCAAGUAAUUGAUUAUUGUAUCCUACUUUAUUGGGAUGAAGGACAUUAUCAUAAAAAUGCUUAAUAUUAUUGGUGGAGAUUCCUGCUGUAUUUUAAAAUUACUAUGUUGAACUUGAUUAUCACUUAGGAAAGAAUAUAGAAUUAUAUUUAACUAUCAGUUUUAGUUAUACUUGUCUGCUGUGGGUAUUUCUAAAUCAAGUUGUAAUGUCCCAGGUAUGAAAAUAUUUCUUUGUACUGUUGAUGUUAUGAAUGGAAUCAUAUUUUCAAUUAAGCAUUUUAAUAAUGAGUUCUCCACUUGAAGCUUUUUGCUCAAUUAGAUUCUUAGAAAGGAAGGAACAUAUGACUGGAAUAUGAUUUACAACGAAACCUUUUAGAAAUGUAAUGUAAACUAAGGGCCUUUCUAUAUGUUGGGCUCUGUUUAUCCCCAGCAAUGGUAAAAGUGGUGAAAAUGUAUAUAUUUUCUGAAGGAUGUUGAUUUAUAUAAAAUGUUUGCUUUCAAAGUAAUUGACAAAGGAUCCAGCAUUGCAAGAUUAAUCUAUUGUAUGGUCUGUUACAGAAAAUCUAUAUGGGCUGAACAUUAGCAAGUUGUGCGGCACCAUGUGUUACAUUCCUAAAUUACUUUUGUGCAUUCCCAAUGGUUUUAAAGCUAAGUAUAUUUGCUAGCAGUAUUUAAGAUACAACAGCUAUAGCACUUUAAUUGAUUAACUUUUUGUAAGUUUUUCUCAAUGAUUUCUGUUAAAUGAGGUACCUCUGCCUAAAGUGUUGUUUGCCAUCAUUUCAUCUUUAAGAUUUUUUAUUCAGGGAGUCUGUAAAAUAUAAAAUAUCGAUGGUUCCAGAUCAUGUCUGUUUGUUAUGAUAAAACCGCUAUAGAUUAUAGCAUUGUUUACCAAUUCUGGAAAUAUGAGCAUGCCUUAGACGUAAGAGGGUUAAUUUGGAUUUGUGCAAUGAUUCAUUUGUACUUUUUUAAAAGAAAAAAAAUGCAAGUCACUACUUAGUGACAUCUGUCUAUGUAGAACGAUCAAAUGCGUAAAUAAUCAGUUGGUAGGCUUAAAUACUUUUUAUUUGAUCAAAAAUUGUCAUUUUCAUUUUUUCCCAAUAAUUGUUGCAUGCCAAACACAAAUAAAUUGCCACUGUGCACUCCAA